AUGGAUAUGCAACGCCCCUCCCCCUCUCCCCAAUCACAGGACGAAGGUGAAGGAGACGAGAAUUCUUCUUGCCUUCAGAUGGCCCUCUCCUACGACGUCGAUCCUCUCCUGGAGUGGCUGGCCAGGUUCGACGACGUCACCGACGAAGAUGAGGCUAUCAUGCCUGUAUCCUCGCUUCCUGCUCCUCCUGAGAUGGUUCCAAUGACCCUGCCCCUUUCUGGUUUGCCAAACAAAUGGCUGGGCAUAAAUCUGCCCGCCACAGGUAACAUCACAGACUCGUUGGCAGAGAGAAUACAUUUGGAUAAGCAUGUGGAGAAGAUGAAGAAAUGGAUGGGAAAGCGGUCGCAGCAACUGGAAAGGGUCAAGAAAGGAGAACAUCGCGCCAAUAAACCACCAACCCCUAGUGGUAGAGCCACUUCUUCGAGACUGCCUCAUCAUUUCCGCACAAACGUGGCUAGAAAUGCCAGGGAUCUGCUGGCAAACAACUUCUUUGCCUCCAGUGUCCAGGGAUUUAUGGAUCUGCCCCUGGAGGGAAGACUGGCCUUCUACGGCGCAAAACUACUCGCCCCUGACAUGAUCAGCAUACCAGACUCCUCUACAAUCGCCACUAGCCUGUCUACCCACUGCAUCUCCACCCUCGUCGACCCUCACGCUCGCUCCUUCCUCGCCAUAUCUACUCUCAACCUGCUGUCUCCUAAACACUGCAAACUCUGGCGCGAAGCUUCCCGCUACUUCUGGCUUAAAAACAGCUUUAUCAUCAACAUCACCCACAUUUCCACUAUACUCGACAGACUACCUUAUCGUGUAAAGGCUUUUGUCGGUACCCUUCACAUAACCCUGGACUUUCUACACGAUCUAGACUUUUCAGCCUCGAGCGAAGAUGUCCUCGCCCGGCAAGCUCAUACUCUCCAGACUCAGAGUCAAGGAUUAAGGAGAUUGGUCAAGGAGUGCUAUAGCAUGUCUAGUCUGAGACUGCGUAUUCAAUGCUCAUGGCCGAACGCCCAGCUCAGAGGUCAGGAAAAGGGAGUUUGCAGUUGCAGGGACAGAAGUUGCAGUACUUGUGUCAAAUACAGCACCCUCGACUCCCUCCUCCAGCAUCGUGUAGAGUACCUUCUCUGGCUCUUCUACGCCUCCCUGAAAUGCCCUCAGCAUACCGUUGCAAUUGACAUCGAACACACAAACCUCCAAGGCGGCAUCGACAUCUCCACCACCCCUAUCGACUACACCCAGCUGGAAGAAGUAGGCAGAGCAGUCCAUGAAGCAAGACGCCCAAGACAGCGCCGCCACCAGCUCGAAAAAGCAGGAGAAGUAAUUGUAGAGCGCUACAAUGGCCCGUUCUCUGAACCCAGCAAUCAGUAUGCUCAGAUGAGGAUGAGUAGGUUUGUGGAUAGCAUGAUGGCUGAGAAUGCUGUUGUUGAUGAGACGUUUGGAGACAAGUAUCUUGCGUUCAAGGAGACAUAUCAGAGAUGA